AUGGCUCUGCAGCUGCAGCUCCGCACCGUCUCCGGCCUCCGCGGCAGAGCGGAUCGCAUCGCCAAAGCGGCUUUCCGAGGGCUCUCCUUCUACACCCGAGUGCUGGAAAACUGUGAGGAUGAGGCCAGGUUUGACGAGACCUUCCGCUGGCCAGUUGCAAGCAACAUUGAUGGGAAUGAGAUCUUGGAGAUCCAGGUCUUCAACUACAGCAAAGUUUUCACCAAUAGGCUUAUCGGCACUUUCCGGAUGGUCCUGCAAAAGGUGGUGGAGGAAGGGCACGUGGAGGUGAUGGAUACGCUCAUAGAUGACAAUAAUUCGGCCAUCCAGACCAGCAUCUCCAUAGAGAUCAGGUACCAGGCUCUGGAUGGGACAGUGGGCACGUGGAAUGACAAGGAAUUCCUGGAGACUCCCAGUGUCCACUCAGAAGGGGACGGCAGGUACCCUCUGGAGACAGACAGCCUCCUCUCCGGCCAUCGGCAGGGCACAGACGGGUCUGUGGGCAAAUCCAACCAGCAGUCUGCAGAGAGAAGCUUCAGGAGAGCUGGGAAAGGAGUUUUUUCAGCCAUGAAGCUUGGCAAGGCACGUCCCACAAAAGAUGACCAUCGGAAGCAAGAUGAACCUGCUGUUCUGGAGGCAGAAGACCUGGACCGAAAAGUCAUGAGACUUGGAGGGGGGCUGGACCCAGACACCAUCUCCUUGGCCUCUGUCACAGCUGUCACCACCAAUGUCUCAAACAAGAGGUCCAAACCUGACAUCAAAAUGGAGCCAAGUGCUGGGAGGCCGAUGGAUUACCAGGUCAGCAUCACUGUCAUUGAGGCCCGGCAGCUGGUUGGGCUCAACAUGGACCCCGUGGUCUGUGUGGAGGUUGGGGAGGAGAAGAAGUAUACAUCCAUGAAGGAAUCGACUAACUGCCCUUACUACAACGAGUACUUUGUCUUCGAUUUCCAUGUGCCCCCAGAUGUCAUGUUCGAUAAGAUCAUCAAGCUGUCUGUGAUCCACUCAAAAAACCUCCUGCGCAGUGGGACUUUGGUGGGCUCCUUCAAGAUGGACGUUGGGACAGUUUACACCCAGCCUGAGCACCAGUUCUACCACAAAUGGGCUAUCCUUUCUGACCCCGAGGAUCUCACUGCUGGGCUGAAAGGUUACCUGAAGUGUGACAUCGCUGUGGUGGGGAAAGGGGACAAUAUCAAGACACCCCACAAAGCCAACGAGACAGAGGAAGAUGAUAUUGAAGGGAACCUCCUCCUACCAGAUGGGGUUCCUCCAGAGAGGCAGUGGGCUCGUUUCUACAUCAAGAUCUAUCGAGCAGAGGGCCUGCCUCGUAUGAACACCAGCAUCAUGGCCAAUGUGAAGAAGGCUCUCAUUGGAGAGAACAAGGACUUGGUAGACCCCUAUGUGCAAGUGGCAUUUGCAGGGCAGAAGGGGAAGACAUCAGUGCAAAAAAGCAGCUAUGAGCCUCUCUGGAAUGAGCAAAUCAUCUUCACAGAAAUGUUCCCCCCAUUGUGCAAGCGGAUAAAGAUCCAGAUCCGAGACUCAGACAAAGUCAAUGAUGUGGCCAUUGGUACCCAUUUCAUUGAUUUGAGGAAGAUCUCUAAUGAAGGAGACAAAGGCUAUCUGCCCACCUUUGGCCCUGCAUGGGUGAACAUGUAUGGCUCCACUCGGAACUACACCCUGAUGGAUGAACACCAAGAGCUGAACGAGGGACUGGGGGAAGGCGUCUCCUUCCGGGCCAGGCUUCUGAUGAGCCUUGCUGUUGAGAUAUUGGAUACCACCAACCCAGAGAUCAACAGCUCCACUGAGGUGCAAGUGGAGCAGGCCACACCAGUUGCUGACAACUGCACUGGAAAGAUGGAGGAAUUCUUUCUUUUUGGAGCCUUCCUGGAAGCUACCAUGAUCGACAGGAAGAUUGGUGACAAACCCAUCAACUUUGAGGUUACAAUAGGCAACUAUGGGAACCAGAUUGAUGGCGUGACCAAACCUGUCCUGCGGAGGAAGAAGGAGGGUGGGGAUGGGGACGAGGAGGAGUCCGAGCUGCUGCACAACUCCAGUGAGGAUGAAGCUGAUGAGGAUGGAGAGAUGGUCUCUGUCUCCUCAUCUCAGCCCAUGAAGCCCCUGGUUACAGACAGGAACUACUUCCACCUGCCGUACUUUGAGAAGAAGCCCUGCAUCUACAUCAAGAGCUGGUGGCAGGAUCAGCGCCGCAGGCUGUAUAACGCCAACAUCAUGGACAAGAUUGCAGACAAGCUGGAGGAAGGGCUCAAUGAUGUACAGGAAAUGAUCAAGACAGAGAAACCUCAUCCAGAGCGCCGGCUCCGAGGGGUCCUGGAGGAGCUGAGCAGCGGGUGCUUGCGCUUUGUGACGCUGGCUGACAAGGACCAGCACCACUCUUCUCGCACGAGGUUGGACCGGGAGAGGCUCAAGUCCUGCAUGCGGGAGCUGGAGAAUAUGGGCCAGCAAGCCACGACUCUGCGGUCGCAGGUGAAGAAGAACACCAUGAAAGACAAGCUGAAGCAGGUGCAGAACUUCCUGCAGAAACUCCGUUUCUUGGCAGACGAGCCCCAGCACACCAUCCCCGACAUCUUCGUCUGGAUGAUGAGCAAUAACAAGCGCAUUGCCUAUGCCCGUGUCCCUUCCAAGGACAUCCUCUACUCCAUUGUGGAUGAGGAGAUGGGCAAGGAUUGCGCCAAAGUGAAGACCGUCUUCCUCAAGCUGCCUGGGAAGAGGGGUUUUGGGCCUGCUGGCUGGACAGUUCAGGCCAAGAUGGAGAUUUACUUGUGGCUGGGCCUCAACAAGCAACGCAAAGACUUCCUGAGUGGCUUGCCCUGUGGCUUCGAGGAGAAGAAGACCACCAGAGGCCAAAACCUGCCGUCCUUCCCUCCCAUCAGCCUUCUUUACACCAAGAAGCAAGUUUUCCAGCUACGAGCCCACAUGUACCAGGCCAGGAGUUUAUUUGCUGCUGACAGUAGUGGCCUUUCAGACCCCUUUGCCCGAGUCUUCUUCACCUCCCAGAGCCAAUGCACUGAGGUUCUCAAUGAGACCCUGUGCCCAACCUGGGACCAGCUGCUGGUUUUUGACAAUGUGGAGCUGUACGGAGAAGCCCAUGAGAUGCGGGACGACCCUCCUAUAAUUGUCAUUGAGAUCUAUGACCAGGACACAGUGGGCAAAGCUGACUUCAUGGGCCGCACCUUUGCCAAACCAGUGGUGAAAAUGUCAGAUGAGCAGUACUGCCCACCACGCUUCCCCCCACAGCUGGAAUACUACCAGAUCUACCGGGGCAACUCUACAGCAGGAGACCUUCUGGCUGCCUUCGAGCUGCUCCAGAUUGGUUCUGGGGGCAAGUCAGACCUGCCCCCAAUUGAUGGCCCCACAGACGUAGACCGAGGCCCCAUCCUGCCGGUGCCACUGGGGAUUCGGCCGGUGCUGAGUAAAUACAGAGUGGAGAUCUUGUUCUGGGGACUCAGGGACCUGAAGAGAGUGAACCUGGCCCAGGUGGACCGACCCCGUGUGGACAUUGAGUGUGCUGGGAAGGGGGUCCAGUCAGCCCUCAUCCAGAACUACAAGAAAAACCCAAACUUCAGCACUUUGGUCAAGUGGUUUGAAGUGGACCUCCCAGAGAAUGAGCUGCUCCACCCGCCCCUGAACAUCCGAGUGGUGGACUGCCGGGCUUUUGGGCGCUACACCUUGGUGGGCUCCCAUACUGUCAGCUCCCUCCGAAAGUUCAUCUACCGCCCACCAGAUAAGAAAGCCCAGCACUGGAAUAUGACAGCUAAACAGCUCAAAGGCUAUAUGGCAAUGGCCAAUGGGGCCCCUCGCUCUCACCCCACAGGGGAGAUCAUUGUCAACAUGGAACCUGAGGUUCCUAUCAAGAAGAUGGAGACCAUGGUGAAGCUAGAAGCUAACUCUGAUGCGGUGGUGAAGGUGGAUGUGUCUGAAGAAGAGAAGGAGAAAAAGAAAAAGAAGAAGAAAGGAGGAGGAGGAGGAGGAGGAGGAGGAGGAGGAGGAGGAGAAGAGAUAGAAGAGGAGGAGCCAGAUGAGAGCAUGCUGGACUGGUGGUCCAAGUAUUUUGCUUCAAUUGAGACCAUGAAAGAGCAACUCCGGCAGCAGGAAGCAGCUGCAGCAGAAGCAGAGGAGAAAGAAGAGAUGGAGAUUGCAGAGGGCUUCAAGGGCCAGACAAAGAACAAGGAGAAGUCCAAGGCACCCAAAGAUGACAAGAAAAAGAAGCAGCAGUCAGCUCCUGAGCUCCCCGAGAAGAAGAACAAGCAGAAGAUUGAUGAACUGAAGGUCUUCAACAAAGAGCUGGAAGCAGAGUUUGAUAACUUUGAGGACUGGCUGCACACCUUCAACCUGCUCCGUGGGAAGAUUGGGGACAAUGAUGACAAUGCAACAGAAGAAGAGCGGAUAGUGGGAAGGUUCAAAGGCUCCAUGUGUGUCUACAAAGUGCCUCUCCCUGAUGAUAUUACCAAGGAGGCAGGAUACGACCCCACCUUUGGCAUGUUCCAGGGGAUUCCCAGCAAUGACCCCAUCAACGUGCUGGUCCGAGUCUAUAUUGUGAGGGCCACAGACCUCCACCCAGCUGACAUCAAUGGGAAAGCUGACCCUUAUAUUGCCAUCAAGCUGGGGAAGACAGACAUCAAAGACAAGGAGAACUAUAUCUCCAAGCAGCUGAACCCUGUCUUUGGAAAGUCCUUUGACAUUGAGGCCACCUUCCCCAUGGAGUCCAUGCUGACAGUGGCAGUGUACGACUGGGACUUGGUGGGGACAGAUGACCUCAUUGGGGAGACCAAGAUUGACCUGGAGAACCGCUACUACAGCAAGCACCGAGCUACAUGUGGGGUGUCACAGACUUACUCCAUACAUGGGUAUAACAUCUGGCGUGACCCCAUGAAGCCCUCCCAGAUCCUAUCCAAGCUGUGCAAAGAGGGCAAGGUGGAUGGGCCACACUUCGGGCCAGGAGGAAGAGUGAAAGUUGCCAACAGGGUGUACACUGGUCCCACGGAGAUUGAGGAUGAAAAUGGUCAGAAGAAGCAGACAGAUGAACACUUGGCCCUGACCGUGCUGCGCCACUGGGAGGAUGUCCCACGGGCAGGCUGCAAGCUGGUCCCUGAGCACGUGGAAACGCGCCCACUGCUGAACCCUGACAAGCCGGGCAUUGAGCAGGGUCGCCUGGAGAUGUGGGUGGACAUGUUCCCCAUGGAUAUGCCAGCACCUGGCCCUGCCAUUGAUAUUUCCCCCAGGAAACCAAAGAAAUAUGAGCUCAGAGUGAUAGUGUGGAACACAGACGAGGUCAUCCUGGAAGAUGAUGAUUACUUCACUGGCGAGAAAUCCAGUGACAUUUUUGUCAGGGGGUGGCUGAAGGGUCAGCAGGAGGACAAGCAAGACACAGAUGUUCAUUACCACUCACUGACCGGUGAAGGCAACUUCAACUGGCGUUACAUCUUCCCCUUUGACUACCUGAUGGCAGAGGAGAAGAUCGUCAUCUCCAAGAAAGAAUCCAUGUUCUCCUGGGAUGAGACCGAGUACAAAAUCCCGGCUCGCCUCACCCUGCAGGUCUGGGAUGCUGACCACUUCUCAGCAGAUGAUUUCCUUGGGGCCAUUGAGUUGGACCUGAACCGCUUUCCACGGGGAGCCAAGACAUCCAAGCAGUGCAGUCUGGAAAUGGUGACAAACGAAGCAGAGCUGCCCAUGGUCUCAAUCUUCAAGCAAAAGAGGGUGAAGGGCUGGUGGCCAUUUGUGGCCAGGGAUGAGAAUGACGAGCUGGAGAUCACCGGGAAAGUCGAAGCUGAACUGCACCUCCUGACUGCAGAGGAAGCAGAGAAAUCGCCCGCUGGGCUGGCUCGCAAUGAGCCCGACCCACUGGAGAAACCCAACCGUCCAGACACGUCUUUCAUCUGGUUCCUCAAUCCUCUCAAGUCCAUCAAAUACCUCAUCUGCACCCGCUACAAGUGGCUCAUCAUCAAAAUCGUGCUGGCCCUGUUGCUCCUCAUCAUGGUGGCCCUCUUCCUCUACAGCAUGCCAGGCUACAUGGUCAAGAAGCUCCUGGGGGCAUGAAGCAUGGGAGCAUCCAACCUCCAGCUCAGAAUCACCGCCUGCCCCAGCCCCAUGCCCUUCUCCUCCCACAGCCUCUUGGCAGCCUCAGGACAUAUUUCACUCCUGUUGGGCCUCCUCUUCUGCAUUUAUCUGUGCAUUCCUGUCUUCACUCACAGAAAUGGGGCUGGAGGAGCUCCUUCCGUGAGGCUGGGUAUCAUUCCCCUGGGCUGGCAGUGGUGCACAGCCAGCCCCGGCAGAACACCCAGGAUGGGGCCUUGUGGCCUUCUGCCCUCUGGGGCAGCAGUUGGCAUCCCCCAGAGAGCUCAGCACCCUGCUGCAGAGGUGAGGAGUGCAAGAGCUGAGCUGGAGCUGAGGCGCUGGAGUCAUUGGAAUGUUCCCCAAAUGCUCCUUGAGGGGAUAUUGAGAAAGAGAGUCUGGGGGCUCUGCAAGGGGCUGACCCUGCUCUGCCCUCCCUGGGGUACUAGCAGAGGCAGAGAAGCAUCCAGCAGCACAAACAUCUUCCCAGGGCCACCUAUCCAGCACUGGCACUGGCUGGACAGACCUGAGGCUCACAGGGAGCCACAUCUUCUGGCACAGUGUGAGCUCCCUCCAGCCUUCUCUCUGGUGGGUUUGUACUCAUCGAGAAGUUUGGGGGUAUUUCUGACUGUGUAGAGUGGGGAAGGAGGGAGGGAAGGGCUCUCGUGUAAGUUCUCUGUAAUAUUCAGCUGUUGAUGACCCACCAUGCCCAGCUUCAAGUGUGCAAGAUCCUCAUUCAGUACUUAAGAAACACUCAGAGAUGUUUUUAGGA